AUGAGGCUCAACAACUUCUUGCCCAAAUCAUGCUCCGCGAGCUUGCGGAGUUGGUAUGACUCACUGUCUCAACCUUGUGGAUGCUGCGUCCUCCUCAGGUCUCGGCUGAGAAACAUUCUUGUAAGAUAUCCUCUCGUUCACUUGUGUAUUCUACUUCGUCCUCCUCCCAAAUCCUCCAACUGGUCAGCAAUAACAGGCACUAGAACCACAAAAAUCAUGCCACUGGCGGCGCGAAGCUCUCUUGAAGCCAGACGUAUUAUUCACGAAGCAUUUAAAGGCCUCGAAAAGAUCAUAUCCCCGAGCGAAGCGAAGGACUUCAACGACACUACACUACAGAACGUUCAAGAUGCCGCACUCGAAAUUGAAAGUAUCCUUGCUGCGAGACAGUCUCUGAGGAAUAUGCGACGUCUGUCGCCUCUGUUUGAGGGAAUUAAAUGCUACGCUGAAACCAUAGAGGUCCUAUGCAAUGGAACUCCCUACCUACCAUGGAUUUGGGCUCCCAUUAAGCUUAUUCUCAAGGCGAGCAUUGUUUCCUCGGAUUAUACGGAUGCGUUCGAGAAAAUCAUCAAAGCCUACUCAGGAAUUGCCGAGUCACUGCCCAGGUUUCAGAUUAUAUCGUAUGCACUUAGAAACGACAAAGAGAUGCAGCAAGUUCUGGCAGUCUUCUACGCCGACAUUCUGACAUUCCACAAGGAAGCGUACAUCUUUGUUCGACGAAGCGGUUGGCGAACAUUGUUCCUCACAUCCUGGGGCCGAUUCCAACGCCGAUUUGAUUCCACCCUCGAAGACUUGCGGAAACAUGGAAGACUCAUCGACGAUACUGCAAGCGCGAUAAACCUCAGCGAGACUGUCAAGAUGAGUCAGAAUCUACGGGCAUGGCGUCAGGAAAACCUUGACAAGCUAAAGUCCUUAGAGGACGAGGAAACUGCCAAACAGUAUCAAUCAAUAAUCGGAUGUCUGAAGAUCGAUGAGACCGAGCAACUCGCUAUUUUCGAUGCUAUCUCCUCCGAAGGAAACAAGUACGAGGGAACAUGUGACUGGGUCUCAAGACACAUCCAUAUACGUGAAUGGCUAAAAGAGACGCCCGCAACAGAUUUCGUCUGGGUGCAGGGAAAUCCUGGAACCGGAAAAAGUGUUAUAGCAACACAACUCGUCAAGUUCCUCCAGAGCAGUGGGAGGGCCAUGGUUACUCGGCAUUUUUGCACCUACACCCACUUGUCUUCCAUCCAAUAUGAGACCAUACUCCGGUCAUUGCUGGUUCAGCUCAUGCGAACCAGUUCCGAUCUUAUCGCUCACGCAUAUGCCGAGUUUGUUAUUGGCAAAAAGUUACCUACUAGCCAAUCCUUGGAGCAGUUAUUAUUGGCAUUCGGUGGUGCUAUCUCCCCCAUACCCUCAGAAUCCAGAUUAAUUUAUUUGGUCAUUGAUGGCUUGGACGAGUGCGAUCCGGAUCAACAGGGACGAAUUGCAAAUUUGCUCGAGAAGCUUCGCGGUCUUCGAUCUUCAGCCUCAUCUGUGUUCAAGAUCCUACUGUGCAGCAGACGCACACUGUAUCUGGAGAAGCGAUUACGAAAACGGACCGUUCAAGUUGUGUCCAUGACGAACGAGAAGGGGAGCAUUGAGCCUGCAAUACGGACAUAUGCUAAGCAAAGGCUCAGGGCGAUCCGUUAUCGUCUCUUUCAGAUGGGUCUAACAGAUUUGGAUUUACGAGAUAUCAGUAUCAAUAUUGCUCGAAAGGCAGAUGGUAUCUACGCUCGCAUUCUUGCUCAGCUUACUUCACGCUUCGACCAAAGGUCGGUUGAAAGGUUAAGAUCCAUCCUUGGAUGGAUAGCAUUCGCCAAACGACCAUUGACCAAAGCUGAGAUGAGAUCUGCCUUGGCUUUUAGCUGGGGGGAUCACAUGGUUGAAGAAGCCGUACCCCGGCACAUAUUCGAUUUUGGGGCACCGUUGCUAGAGGAGCACCCUGAUACCACCUAUUCAUUCGUGCACAUUUCAGUUAAGGAGUAUCUUCAAACCCCCGGAUGCAUUCUGUUCCUGGACCAAUCGGCCGCAAUCCAUGAGCAGGCGACUGCCACCAUUACAUGCCUCGUGUCUGGCUUCUGGAUAUUUUCAGAACAGUUGGCAGAUGAUACCCGUAUUCUUCGCAUAGUGAAGGGACUCCACGGCCUGCACAUCUAUGCCAACCAGUUCUGGCUGGAGUGUCUCCUGGAUGCUGUAUCCACAGGCUCCGGGCUUGUUCACGGCUCAAUUCUACACCGGGCCGCACAGGAGCUUGCAAAUUCCUUACGCCAUCAGCCUAGUACGCUAACAUACUCAACCUCUGGUGUUCCUGAAAGCACGGCUAGCAGGGAUAGCCGUCUUCAAUGUCUCAAAGAACACAGCGCCAUAUAUGAAAUGGCACGAAAAGAACUUGGUGAACGAGUCACCCGUGCUAGAUUGCUGAUGACCGAAGACGGAGCAGGGACACCCAAAGCUUCACUAAUUAGCUCACCAAAUAAUUUCCAAAGCUUGCUCCUCGCCAUGCAGUCCAGUAUCAGAGAUAUCUUGACUCUCUCCGCCAUCUCUGGGGUUUCUCCAGAAGAUCUCGAUCGCUUCAAAAAGGAGUUCCGCACAUCGGCCUUCACAUGUCGCUUUCCAAAUUGCCCACGGGCCGCACUCGGGUUCCCAGAUGAGAAGUCACAGUGUGAACAUGAAACUAGGCACACCCAGCUCAUUAACUGUGUCAUCAUCGACUGUCAAUAUCCACCAUUUGUUUCGACCCGUGCUCUAAGA